AGGGGUAACCACACAAGCAGGUCCUCUUCCACAACAAGUCUAUUCCUAGAACCAUGGGUUGGCAUGAUGGCUGCAUACGCUGCAUGGUUGGGGUACCAUUUGCUUCAGUCAUUGCCACAGUCCUGUGUUUUGCUGGAGUGGCCCUAUUCUGCGGCUGUGGGCAUGAGGCUUUGAGUGGAACAGAGAAGUUGAUUGAGACAUAUUUUUCCAAAAACUACCAGGAAUAUGAAUACCUCAUUCACGUGAUUAAUGCCUUUCAGUAUGUUAUCUAUGGAAUUGCCAUUUUCUUCUUUCUAUUUGGGAUCCUACUUUUGGCUGAGGGAUUCUACACCACAACUGCCAUCAAGCACAUCCUAGGAGAGUUCAAACCCCCAGCUAUAAAGGGUGGGCUCAUCUCUACAGUGACUGGAGGAACACCUAAAGGAAGAAGCACCAGGGGAAGGCAGCCAGUCCAUACCAUAGAGCUCAUCUGUCGCUGCUUGGGAAAGUGGCUCGGACACCCUGAUAAGUUUGUCGGUGUCACUUAUAUUAUCACUAUUUUGUGGAUCCUGAUCUUUGCCUGCUCUGCUGUUCCUGUCUACAUUUACUUCAACACCUGGGUCACCUGCCAGUCCAUCGCCUUCCCAGGGAAAACCACAACCAGCGUCAGUACCCUGUGUUCAGAUGCUCGCAUGUAUGGUGUUCUGCCAUGGAAUGCCUUCCCAGGGAAAGUGUGCGGGACCAGCCUGCUUGCCAUCUGCAAGACCAGUGAGUUCCAGAUGACAUUUCACCUUUUUAUUGCGGCAUUUGUGGGUGCAGCUGCAACACUUGUGGCCCUGCUCACUUAUAUGGUAGGCGCAUCAUUCAACUAUGCUGUGCUUCGAGUUACUGGCCGGAGCGAUCGCUCAAAGUUUUAGACUUCGAGUCUGUGGUUGCUAAAAACAAAGCAGAAUCCUGAAUUCAUGGUUUUAUUUAUAUGAUUAUAAUGUUCAUGUUUUCCUUUUUGUUUUUGAAUUCUUGUUUUUGUUUGUUUGCAUUGGAAUUUAGAUAACAUGGCUGGUGCUUUCCAUGGAAAAUCUGUAUCUGCCCUUGGUUUCCCUAAACUCUUGGCUUAAUCUAACAGAACAAGUAAGAACUGCCCUAAGGAUACUAAGCAUGAAAACCAAUCUCAGCCACUCAUAUCUGUGGACAGCAAAUCUGCCCCCUAUAAUGUAGAAAAUUAGACUCUAUCACACAUUUUCUACUUAGUCACCAAUAGAUUUACUCUUUAAUAGGUGUCAGGAGCAAACAGUGAUCAUUUAAGGCUAGUUACUGGAAAUAAUUUCUGAUUGGUUACUCAUUCUUCUAGUACUAUAAUACAACAGAGUACUAUAGGAUGGAGGGUCAUGAAGUAGAGUAGAGUAGAAGUAGAGAUCUCUAGAACUCAUCAUGGAGAAAAAAAUACUGUUUUUUUUUUUGGGGGAAACACGAAGAAUGCAGGCAAAUAAGCUUAAAGUGGUGCAGCCAUCACCAGAUAACAUCAUAACUGAUGAUAUCAAUGUUAAUAUAAUUUUAACAGUAUGAUUUUAAUAGGGCUCUUCAAUCAUAUGAACUGUAAAACAAACAAUGUCUCAUCUACAGAACAGUAUCAUAAGUAACAUGCCUAGCCAUUCAUACUUCAGUUUCCAUAGCAGAACAUGCAGAAGUGCAAAGAAAAUUUGCUAAAUUUAAUAGACAUUAUUCUCUAGACCCAGUAGGCCAUAUAUUUAUCUAUAUAUGUAUCUCCCUUCCAAAGAGAGAUUUCUAUUUCUAAUUUUUAUUUUUUCUUCUCAAUGGAAAUCAUGUCAUGAUGCCAUGGAAAACAACAGAAACUAUUUCCCUUUCCUUCGUCUUCAUCAUUCAAUUUUAUCCCUACAAUAUUUCAGAAUCUAAAGGGUCUGACAACAGCCCUAUAUUCCUUUAGGAGCUGGCUGUUUCCUUGUUCUUUAAGAAAAGAAGGGAGACUCUGGGCAGAGGCAGAAAUAGUUAUAUAUGUGUUUACCAUGAUCGGGCAGAGGGACAACAGGCUUUGGGCCAGGAAUCUCUGUGUAGGGGGUGAGCCCACAAACUUUGCACUGUUCAAUCCCUUCUCUCUAACCAUGUUUAAUAUAUUGCCUUAAAGGACCCUAUAACCGCCUAUAAGUGAUGCAGGGUACAAUAAUUAAUUACAUUAUGGAGAGGUCAACUAUACUGGUAAAGGGACACACACAGCAUUGUAAAAGUGGGUUCAAGACAAUACUUUUUUUGAUUUCAAGUGUGGGUCCCUUUCCAGUUUAAACUGCCUUGUUUAUCCUUUAGUAACAAAAGUGGCAUGCAAGUAGAACAUUGAUAAUUUAUGCAACGAAAUGGCAGUAAAUGGGUUGAGCAGGUGGUGAGAUCCACAGAUGACUUAACCCCUCUAAGCCAGAGAGAAAGGCUUUCACCAUGGUAAAGACAUUUUCCAGAACCUAUCAAUAGGGUCAUUAUUUCAAAUGGUGCUCUUUCUGUAUGUGGGCACAAACAUGCACACAUAUCCAAGGGUCUUUCUCUCUGGCAGAGAAUGGGCACUUAAUUUUUCUUGUAAAUUGCUAAUUGUAAAAUGUAAGAGUUUUAAAAAGUAAUUAAAAGUUUCUGUAUUAAAAUUCA